AACAUGGCCGCCUCCGUCGUGUUCGGUCCAUGGCAUAGGUCUGGAGUGAAACUUUCUGAAAGGUUGCUGUAAAAUCGAAGUGUAAGCCUGCAUGAUGGAAAGGUUGAUAUGCAAAAGCUGUUAGGCCUGUACGUUUAGCAUUCACCAUGACCAGUGUGACCACAGACGAGGCCUUGCGCGACACACUCGAGUCCAACGUGUCACAGAGGGCAGCUGAAUCACAAGAGCAGCGGAGCAGGGCAGCUGGCCAACGGGAAGGCUGUCAGGAGAGCCAAGACAACGGGGACAAAAACUCACCAAGUCUUGGAGAUGAAGAAAGCAAUAUUGAGAAAUUGCAGGACGAUGAGACAAAGACCUCCGAAAAUAAGGCAGCGGAGGCUGAUCUGGAGGAUGACCAAAUUAAUGAAGAGAAUGGUGAAAAUGUGGAGCCAUCGGUCACUGUGGAAGAUGAAAAUUAUGCAGAGAGGAAGGGAUCAGGAAAAUCCAAGCGGUCGCGGAAGAAGAAAGCCAAAGAUGUGCACAAGGUGACAAUGACAGUCACUAUUGCCAAGGCCAUUCCUACAGCUGAAGAGGAUGUCCCCAAACUGGACGAGCUCAUGCGCAAGAAGAAGCGCAUCGUGGAGGCUCCCAAAGCCCAGAACUACUACCACUGCCAGUACUACCUCCUGCCCGACGACAGCGAACCCAUCAAGACGGACGUGGUGACCUUCGGCAUGGCCGCCAAGAUCUACACGGAGCACGACUCCAAGGUGCUGAAGACUUGGCAAGAGAAGAACCAGACGUGGAUUGCCUGGUCACACAGCCACACCCUGAAGGUGACCAAGGAGCUGCUCCUGAAGCUCUUCAACCACACCCUGGAGCUCCGCAUCUGGGACUCCAAGGACAAGGUGUCUUCCCGGGCGCGCUUCGACCGGCCCAAGGCCUUCCGUCUCCCCCAGGCCAAACCGGGGGAGGACGUGGAAGACGUCGGAGGCGUGCGGUCGCUGGUCAUGAAGCAGUCAGAGAGUUACAUGUCGCUGCAGCCCCGCAAGUCAUUCAUCGACCGGCCGGUGCCCCAGCAUGGUCCGGCCGAGCUGAAGGGCAUGAAAAAUUUUGGAAAGAAAGAUGCAAAGGGCAGACCGGUUCCCCCAUCACCAGAAAACACCAAGACCCCUGGCCAAUCCCCUCCCUCGGAAGUCAUCAAAGUGGAGAAGAGACACAGUGAAGAGGAAGAGGAGCAAGUCAGAGAGUCCAAAAUUGACAUGUACUCGGCCUUGCCACCUGCUGCAGAGGUGCAGUCGGACGAGAUGAAGUCCUACGCCCACCUGGGCAAGCUGGCUGGCCUCCCUCCCCCGGAAGAGCUCAAGGAAAUCAAGAAGAAGCUCAAGAAGGAGAAGAUCGUGGCCCUGUCACAGCAGAAGGACAGCGACGGGGCUAAGAGGCAGGCUGACACAGCAGGCAAGGGGAGGGAUUCCUCCCAGGGCAGGGGAGGAGAUAGCCGGACAGGGUCCAAUUCAGCUCCAACUCCAGGACGCAGGGGUUUCAAGGAGUCUCCACAACAGAGAGAAGCCCGUCGGAAGUCUCACAAGGCAGAGCAUGCCGCGGCUGCCCUGGCCAUGUACAUCAAGCAGUACGGUAACGCCUGCAUCCCCAUACGCAUGAAGCUUCUGUUUGCAGGAUUGCGGUCCGUCACAAAUCGCCUGACCACGCCCGUGCGCGGCCUGGAGGACGUCUUCCUCACCCUGUCCCUAGACGGCCCACUCAUGUCGGAAGGCCUGCGGCGGGAGCUUAACCCGCUCAUCCUCAAGGUCAACUCGGGCACCUCCCUCCCCGCCUCCCCGCUGCCCUACCGGGAGCUGGCCCGGCGCUGCCAGCCCGUCUACUGUGCCUACCAGCUCUUCCGGGAGCCGGCCUACGAGAGCUGUCGCAAGCCCCAUGCCAAGAACAUCUAUUGGGAGGACAUCAACGUGCAGUUGCUGGGCACGAUUCCGAAAGGAGAAUUGGUGGAGUACCUACAGGGACCACCCCUGGAGAUAGAGGUGCAUGACCGAGACAGACGACCUGAGGAGAUCAAACAGAAACCGACACUCUUCGGGGAGGAUAUCGAAGAUGACAAGAUCAGCAAUGUUGGUAUGGUAACAGCCAAGCGCACCCUGCACAACCCCUUCGUGAACCACCUCAAACCCUGGGACCCCUACGGCCUGGCCAAGUUCGACCUGUCCAGCCUCCUGCUGGGGGAGCGCGUGUUGAACCUGACGGCCCCCAUACACAGCUGCCCCAUACCAGACGUGAUCGGCCGCAACAAGGCGGACAACCGACUGAUUGGCUAUUCCAGCUCAGCUGAUGGGCCGAAGGAUGAGCCUCUACCGAUGGGUCACUACUUGGAGAAUCACAGUCAGCUGAAGAUCCGAGUGGAGGUGGCCUACCCGCUGACCACCUCCCAGGAGGUCAAGCUCAAGGCAGAGAUUGAAACGCCACCUGAGUGUCCAUUUGCGAGGAUCGUCUACAUCUUUGAGUACAAGGACGCAGCGUUUCUGCACAGACUGUUGAAGCUUGUCACAAAAAUCAACGCCACGGCACUCAACUUGGACAAGAUGCCGGAGCACAUCAUUGAAGCAGCAUUAUCCACCUACAAACUGUCAGAAGCCCAGCAAGAGAGUCGGCUGCUGGACAUCGUGACCGGCUUUCAGGUGAUGGACGGAGAGAAGCACAUCUUUGUCCUGGAAGGCCUGAGAGAGAAGGCCAUCAAUCUCAUUUGGGAGACCCUCCCCAGACCUAAAGCCAAGGAAAAUGUGACCUUCCAAGCACUCUACAAUUCCAACAUGAUGUUCAGUGAGCGGCGCUACGCUAGCCUGGACGUCGACCUGUGCCGCAUUCGCCUGCACGAGCCACUGUCCUCCAUAGUCCAGCAACCACUACUGUAUGUCAGGGACAUGGUGCCCAGGCUAUGUCUGGAUGCAAUCACCAAACUAGACAUGCUGGUCCGACAGGACAUUCUGAGAAAUGCAGCACGUAACGACCUCUUCCCAUCUGCCGAAAUGAUUGUCUCGCUCAGCAAGGAGUUUGGAGUGCCACUGACUACGGUUGAUUUUGAAGAAUUGUUAGAGUCCCAAAGGCAGGACAAAGAGGUGGACAUAUGGAGAGCUCAGACAGCCCCCAUCCAGCACAGACACAGGGAGUGGACCCCCUUGGAUCUGUACAAUGACAGGUACCUGGACUUGUUGGAGGAGAAAAAGCUGCACAGAGAGCCCAGUGACCACAUCAAAAACAAUAUUGAUGCAGUCCGGAAAGUCAGUGAGAGAAACAAGAGCAAGAAGGCCAAGCCGGCUACAAUCCGGGCAGAGCCUGUCAACGGAGUAGCCCACAACUACAGCACCCAGACGCUCAACUCCACCGAACAGGCCAAGGAGCUGCUCCGCCAGGAACUGGCAAAGGAGCCCAAUCAUCGUUUCACAUACUGUCCCGAGUAUAACUCAGCCACUGUGGUACCUGUCAACAUAGAAGCUAUCCAGAAACAGGAGCAGCAGGACUCGGUGGAUGCAUGGCAGACUAAGGAUGGCUUCAUCUAUCCAGGGAUGCAAGCCGCCCUGGAGGACAACGCUCACCCAAAGCAACCGGACAUGGCCAGAAGAGACCAACUCACACAGCCUUGGACGGAGAAUACCCUUCAUGCAAACAUCCUGAAACCGACGCUCGAUGAACGGGAAGGAUACUCCUGGUCUGACCGCAAGAAGGACAUGGACCUCUGGAAGUGUCCUCAGAAGAGCUUCCAACCCGUUCCCCCGAUCACAAUCCACCUUGCUGGUGACACCCUGGAUGCCGAGCAGAGGGCAGCUUGGGACUGGGACCAGGACAACUGGCGUUCCAAAAUCGCCGUGGAGGAUACGACCAUGAAGUUCCACCGCUGUGCCACAGACACGGAGCUCUACUACAGGGGCCCCCGGUCCAGCAACCAGGUGGCCAGACUGAAGGGCCUCCUGAAGGACGAACCCAAGAAGCUGGCCCUCCGGCAGGCAGGGAUCAGUGAGAUCCCAGCGCUGGCCGUGGUAAAUGAUCCCAGCCUGGACACGGCUGCCAGGGAGGCCGGCGUACCCAUUGUGCCAGCCGUCGACCCGCGGGAAGUGGAGAGGCAUUGUGGGUUCAUGCCAGGGCCGCAGGACGGAAAGGGCUGGCACAUGGAGAGCAACAGGAUUCCCAUACGAGACAUGGAGCAUGCCAAAUUUUCAGAACUGAAGAAGUACGACUUCAAAUUAUAUCACAAGGAUCGCGGGGGACUCCACAAACGCUUCAUCCAGCCACUUACCCAGGAGGACAGAAACAACCACCUGUUCCACACCGUGGCAGCAGCCACCACCGCAGAUGCUGCCCACGAAGCCACGGCUGCUGCAGGCCAAAAGCUCCAUCCCGGCAACGAGUGCUUCCGACAGCCAUCCCCAAGCAUCAAGGCCAAGCCGCUACGUACGGAGUUCUACUACCCUGAUAGGGAGCAGUUUUGGAGCACGCCCUGCCCACGAGAUGUCACCAAUCGGAGGAUGAUGAUGCAAACUGAUUUGGCUUAAGCACUGUAUUCUCAUUGGUCAUCCCAUUUGAGUGAAUGAAUAUGAUUGGUCAAGAGUGGAUCUAUAAAAUAAAGAGGGACAUUGGGGGAUCCAAGGGGGGAUUAGUGGGAGGCCAUGGCCCCCCUCCCCAAAGGGAAAAAAAUCUUUGUAUUUCAUGAAUAGAAUUAGAAACCAGUGAUUUUUGGAUUAUUUCAUUUCCAUUUCUUCCCAAAGCUUACAAAAAGCCCAAAAAUUUAGCCUCCACCAUGAAAGGUUUCAUAAAGGAUUUUCCAUUAUUUUUUAACCCAAGUUUGAACUAAAAUGUAGAAAAGGAAAAAGACACACUUCAUCAGAGCUGUAACAUUUAUUUUGCAUUUGGAGGAUGGAGUCAUGUAUUUGACCCCUUCAUGUGUCUGUCCCUUCCCGACUCUAUGGGCCUUGAGCUGGACCGAGAGAGGGAGCUUUUCCCUAAGAGGGUGUUAUUAUUUUCCUCUUUGGCACUGAACUGCACUUUGUUGAUUCACAAAUGACUAUGAAAUGCAUGUGUUAUGGUCACAUUGCUAGCAACAAAAUGAAAACUCCCAACCAACGCNGGCUCUUCAGGAUCAAUUCCAUCUGUUCGUAUGUAGUGUGUGGUGGAGUUCCAUGUAGUGGUAAAUAUGAGUAGAUUUGGUUGUAUUGUUCAUGUAUUAUAUCAUUGCAAACUCCCUUAGCAGCUAUAGGCUGUAUGUAUAUAGGCUAAGGUUUAUCAAUGUACAGAGGAAUUCAGUAAUAUUUAUUGGCAAAUGCUGUGAACUUGCUUCAGUUUUAUCCCGUCCAAUUUUAUGCAAUUUGAAAUUGUAAUGAAAAUUUCAUAUAAUUUGGAAAUGGACAGAGUUCCUUCAAUUUUUUUGUAGAUAUUGAAUUGUAUCUAGCAGAAUAGCAGAAAUCUUUUGAACUGCGUUAAGUUUUAUGGAUUCUGGGUUAUUCUGCCUGAAUUAAUUUGUACAUGUGUUUUGUAAAUGUAAAACAGGGUAUGCUAUUCAUCCAAAAUGUAAAAUCGUUACUAUGAUUAGAACUUAUUCUUACUUUUGAGUUUGUAUAAUUUCUUUUGUUUUGUUGUAAUUUUUUGGGGGGGAGGUUCAUAGGUUUUGUUUUACAUUGUUUUGUUGGCUUUACUUUUCUGCAUACAUUUGAAUUCUAGCAUUACUUUUUUUUAUAAAAAAGCAACAGAAGAAGCAUUCUAAAAUGGAAAGCAUUUCUGACAAAUGUAGUCCAGGACAGGGUAAUCUAGUUUUUACAAUUUUUUGAUUUAUUAUAGGGUUCAUCAUCAUUAGGGUUAUGAUGUAAAACUUCACCUCAAAUGCAGAAAAUGAUUUGUUUUGGUCUGAUUUUAAACGAUUUUGGAAUUCAACUUCACAACGGUUGGUUGACUUUUUCAACAUUACAACUGUAUUACAAUAAAACA